AUGGUCUUCGUGUUCAACGAUAAAAUAUCUUUACAAUUACCUAAAAUAAACGUUUAUUUAUUACAAGCUGGUUUAGCUGAGCAUAAUGUUCAAUUAACUGAAUUACGUACACCUGUUGAUAUUGUUACAAUGUCAUUAUUUGCACUUUCAUGUAAACAAAUACAAAUGGAAACAGUUUAUCUAAUCAUGACCAAUCAACAGCUGAUGUUUUUAAAAUUCAAUUAA